UCUUCAACAGCAUGAGCUUAAGAUCUUGAGAAAACUGCGACAGCUGACUGGUAUCCACAACAAGACAACCACAGACACAAAACAAGCAAGAUGAAGGUACCACUGGCAAAUCUGCUAUGCAUCACCGUCUUGGCUAGCUCUGGGACAAGCUUCCCAAUGGAGAGGAGGGGAACUGCUGCCGGUAAAGAGAAGAGAGUUCAGUAUGCACCAUGGGAUGAUGUCAAUGUGCUUGCACAUGGAUUGCUGCAGCUCGGUCAGGGUCUUAAGGAGCAUGUGGACAAGACCAAAGGCCAGAUGAGAGACAUCACCAUCAAGAUGAAGGUCUUAAACGUCACUGUAUCUGAGCUUGGAAAGCUGACUCAGCGCCUGCAGGAAGACAGCGAAGCACUGAAAGCCAAAGCCCAGAACCUGGAAGAAAGUGAGAGUCUGGUCCUAAACAAGUCCACGGAUCUGCAGGAGAAAACGGAGGAACUGCUCAGAGACAGACAGAAGGACCAUGAGAGGAUGAAUAAGCUGGAAGAAAAAGUAGAUGGCAUGAUGCAAGGAGAGGGUCUGGAAGUUGGCAAAGGCAACAACAGUGAUGCCCGGAUUAUUCAGUGGAUGCUAGAGGCGCAAAAUAAGCGCAUUGAUGACCUGGUCGAACGUAUCAAGCAACAGCAAGAAAAACUGGACAAGCAAAAUAUUCGCAUUCGAACCCUCCAAAACCAGAUUCACAUGAAAAAUGAACGAUCUUCUCUGAAACGGAAGGAGGAUGACAUCCAACUGAACACGAGCUCUGAACAGCGAGACUCACCUGUUGCAAUGGCCUGUGACUGCCAUGAGUUGUUCCUGAGGGGUGAGACCUCAAGCGGGUUGUACACCAUCCAACCAUCUGAUUCGCAGCCUUUUGAGGUCUUCUGUGAAAUGACACCUGAGGGUGGAUGGACAGUCAUCCAGAGACGGCAGGAUGGAUCUGUAGACUUUGAUAAACUAUGGCAGGCCUAUCAGACUGGCUUCGGGAGCCUGAGUGGUGAGUUCUGGCUCGGUCUGGAGAAGAUCCACUCUGUGUCCAAAAGUGGCAACUACAUCCUCAAGGUUCAGUUUUCUGACUGGAGGGAUGAGAGUCAAAGCAUCACAUAUCCUUUCCAUCUGAAUGGUGAGGAGAGGAACUAUUCUUUGCAUAUUCUGGAGAGGCCUGCUGGAAACCUGGAGAGCUCUCUGUCUACUGAAGCAUCCGGAGUUCCCUUUUCCACCCGCGACAAAGACAACGACCUGAAGAACGAUCUCAACUGUGCCAAACAACUUUCAGGUGGUUGGUGGUUUAGCAACUGCGGUCGCGCUAACCUCAACGGCAGGUAUUUUGUAACCCCUGCACCAAAGCAAAGGCACCAGAGAAAACAAGGAGUGUUCUGGAAAACUUGGCAUGGUCGUUACUACCCACUGAAAACUACCACCAUGAUGAUUGCACCAGCUGAGAUUGAGAACAAGUCAUAGGUUAAUCUCUGAACCAAUCAUGCAAGAGACCUUAACCAAUGAUAUGGGUGAAGGAAACUGCCAUUCAUAAACUGCCAAAAUAACUGACUGGUGCUGAAAAGGUUUAAUGCUCAAUUAGGAGUGCCUUCCAAUCUUCAGAUUGUUUGUUAGAACAGACAGUUGAAGUCUGAGUUAUGAACGUCUAUGAAGAUGUGAGAUGGGUGGACACUCAAAACCCAGACUGAGCAAAAAAACAGACUGUUAUCUAAUGAGAUUGGGGUGAACUAAAUAUGACUGGAGCUCUGCAAGAAGCAGCAUGUAUUGUAUGGUGCAGGCCACUGUGAGGAUCUGCUACAUGUUUAGACAUAUCUGUUUGGAGGCGUAAAAAGAGCUGAUGGUUUAGCACCAUUGUGAGCACUACCAACAGCUACAAGGGCUUGGAGAAAAAAUUAGACAGAACUCACUAAAAUAAUCUCUUGCCUCUAAAAUGUGGACCAAAUAAGCUAAAGAAGCUUGAGCCAGUACUUUUGAAAAUGCUUAUUGUAAAGGCACUGUUUAUCUUAAGGCAUUAUCCACAGACAAAGACAUGCAUUAGUAGAUCUGCAGAACAUUGAGAGAUUUGCUGCCUGUCCGUCAUUUUAAGUAUACAAGUAUGCAAGUUAUUUUCUGGAACACAUGCUAUCUUUCAAAAGCUUAAAUGAUCUAAGACUACUGUCUUUUCCUGUCUUGAAAUCAUAUCUAAAAGAGGAGUUCCUGUGGAGAUUAAUUUUCUCAGUCACAUUGACUGUCUAUAGCUGUCACUUCUCUGUAAAUAACUGAAACAUACAUUUUCUUAGUAGCAUUACAGCUGUAUUUUUGCCAACUUCGAAAGGUUGUGCUCUGAUUCUCAUAUUAUUUAAAUGUUGUUCAAAUCAUUAUGUAUUUCUUUUUCUUUUACUUAUAAUUUAUAUGUUUCUCAAAGAAGUCAAACAUUUUGUUAUUGUUUUUAUAAAAGUGUUUGGUCUUAAUAAAGUGACCAAUAAAGAUUUGUUUUAUUUAAAAA